AUGGCAACUGAUCCACGCAGAUUUCCGGUGGAGCUGAAGAUACAGGAACUGCAACGGAAAUUCCGCGUCCUCGAACAUGACACCAAGGCAUACAGUGACGAGGCACAGGCGAGAAUACGCCGCCAACGUGCCACCAUAGAUAAGCUUUCUCGUGAAAACGGAAAGCUUAAGCAUGAGCUUCAGGAAACGUGCGAUGCCGUCUCGAGUCAGCAGCAUACCCUUAUGGGUAGUAAAAUGCAGGCUCUGAACGAGCAGUGCCAAAACUUGAUCCAGUACAUGGAGGAUGAGAAACGCAAAGAAAGAGAUCUUCUCUCUAAAAUCAGCCUCAUAGAGGGUAGGGUGAUGAAGUGCAGGGAAAGGAUGGGCACCAUGGGAGGCGUGUAUUGCGCCAUGGUGUCCAGUGAAUCAAUCGCAAAGCAAAUAAGAAUACUCGAGAACCGUCUGAACAAAGGAAUGCAGAAAUACAGCGAGGCAGUGGCAUAUAACAAAAAACUCAAAGAUGAAAUAAAUAAUCUCAGACGGGAGCGCGUCGCCUUCGACAAUCUAUACAGGAAAAUGGAACGGGAUUUGCAUGAGAAGAAAAAAAGUAUGGCAGAGGUUAUUGACAUGGCGAAUGCCGCAUACAAAGUCCGAGAUGAGGCUCACCAGCAGGUCGCAGAGCUGAAGGCGCAAGCGGGUAAAGAACACAAAGAUUUUGAAAAGGAACGGUCUGAGCUCAGUCGCCUGAUUGAAGCUUACCAAAAGCAAAAACAGCUCAAGCAAGUGAAACAGUAUGAUCAAUCAUCUAAGAAGAGAAUCAAUCCUUCUACUGGAGGGGAGUCUCCAAGUAGACUGCACGACGCCUGGAACGGUGGUGGGGACAGUGGAACUUCCGACGAAACAGCUGCACAUAUUGCAACCUACAAAGCAGCAUUUGCUAAAAUUCAAGAAGCGACUGGAAUGCCCAGUAUCGACCAGCUUCUUGAGGCCUUUGUAAAUGCCGAGGAACAAAACUUUUCUCUGUACAACUAUGUCAACGCACUUAGCGCAGAUGUAGAAGCAGCGGAGGCCAAUAUCGUCCAGCUUCAGAGAGAAAUAGACAACUUCCAGUCUUCCAACGCUGUCACAGACAAAAGGAAACAAGAGGUGCUGCAGGAGCUGGAGGCUUAUUGUACUUCACUGGAAAAGAAGACCAAAAUGUUUGAAGGGAAAAACGAAGGUAUAUCAAAAACACUCAGCGAACUAAAGCUCGGGAUUCAACGGAUCUUCGACAAGCUCGAGUGUCAUGAGCUGUACUCCGAGGAGCUGUGGAUCAACCAAGGCUUAAACGAUUCCACUGUGGUAUCUUUUCUGCAAGCCAUAGAACAAAGAACUGACAUCAUCAUAGAGUUUUACCUUCGUGAAGUUGCUCAUGUACACAGCCCAGUGGCGCACACUGCUGCUGACCGUGCUCUGGCAUACUCUACAACUGCACCGUCUAUAGGAUGUCCACCACAAAUAAAGCUCCCAUCGACACUUGAUGGUGUGAGUAGUGAACACUCAGAUGAUGAAGACUCUGACACGCGCCCUCUUAGCAGGGACGAACUUAAAGACCGUUUCUUAAAAGGACGGAAUAAAAAAGAUGACAGGAAGAAAAACAAGCAGAAAAAGCCGGGGCCAAGGUGA